UAAGUUUGCUAAAGAAGAGAGACCUGAGGAAGGCACAGACUGAAGCCAGUCUACCUCAACACAGUCUAGUACUGGAUGUUGCUACAAGAUGGGGCAGCAAGCAAAAGAUGAUAGACAGGGUGCUAGAGCAACUGCCAGCCAUAAGACGAGUCUUGGUUGAAGACCGGAAGCAUGGCCAUCUCAACCCAACCUGGCAGGAUGUGUCUGUGUUAGAAUCCAUUAAUGCAGCAAUGAAGCCAGUGGCUGAUAUCACAGACGUUCUCUCAGGGGAAAAAUAUGUCACUGUGUCCUCAGUAAAGCUUGUGUUGGAACUUCUCAAAGGUGAACUGUUAUCUCCAGACCCCAGCGACACUGAACUUACAGCAAAGAUAAAGGAAAACAUGUGCAGAGUACUGACAGAGAAAUACAGCCCUCCUGAAAUCCAAGACCUCCUGAGAAAAGCCACCAUCUUGGAUCCAAGGUAUCGUGGUAGCAUGGAGGAUGAAGAGGUCUUGGAUGAUGUCAAACAUCAGCUUGUGCAAGAGCUACUUGACAUGAAAGAAGAGGGACGAAGUGAAGAAAGUGCCAGUACUGAAAACGAUGGAGAUGGUGGUUCUGAACAUGCAGCAUCCAAGAAGAAAAUGCUGAGUGACCUUCUUCAGAACAGAAGAGCUAAACUCACAAGUCUUCAGACGCAGAUUGUAUCACUACCAAAAAGAGUGCAGGCUGAUGCAGAGCUGACCAAAUUCAUCCAGGAAGAAGUUGUGGAUGCAACAUCUGAUCCUCUGAUGUGGUGGCGUGACAAUCACAGAAGAUUUCCUCUUAUAGGCAAGCUGGCACAAAAAUAUAUGUGCAUUUGUGCAACAAGCACUAGCUCAGAGAGAACGUUCAGCACAGCUGGGAAUAUUGUUACCCCAGAGAGAUCCUGCCUCAAGCCCCACAAGGUAAACAUGUUGGUGUUCCUUGCUCGGAAUUUGUCUGACAGUUAAAAUACAUAUAUAGCAAGAGCUAUGGCCUGCU